AUGGCUCCUCCAGUUCUUCAAUAUCUCCUUCUGUUACUCAUUGCCCUAUGUUCUACUGUUUUAGUUCAUUCUAUAGUUCCAGAAGACAAAACUUUCCAGUUCAUUAACCAAGGUGAAUUUACUUAUGGUGAAUGGUUUUACGCGGCGGAUUACCGUCGUGUUGACCCUGGACCUUAUUCAUACCCAUUCAGUCUAUAUUUCUAUAGUACUAUUAAGGAUGCUAAUAAACUUGUUCUUGGCAUAAGUGGUGGUGAGACUGGAAGAGACUCAAUAUUUUGGGUUUGGAGUGCUAAUCCAACCGACCCUGUUGGUGAAAAUUCUACUCUCACCUUUGGAAGUGAUGGUAAUUUAGUCCUUGCAGAUUUCGAUGGCCGUAUAGCAUGGCAGACUAAUACAGCCAACAAAGGUGUUACUGGUAUGUCCAUGCAACCAAAUGGGAAUUUAGUACUUCAUGAUAAAGACGGAAAGUUCGUUUGGCAGAGUUUUUAUUAUCCUAGUGAUGGCCUUUUAGUAGGCCAAUCACUUAUGCACAGCCGCAGUAAGAAACUCGUUAAUGGUCCUUACAGUUUAGUUAUUGGCAAAAAGGGAUUCAUAAUGUAUCAAAACAGAUCAGGUACACUUGUUCGGUAUGCAGGUUGGGAAGCAAGCGGUCUUCGUAAUGUAAAGUAUGAUUCGGUUCAACAAGAUGAUGCUACUACUGCUACUUAUUUUUUAACUCUGGGUUUUGCAAAUAAACAACACGCAGAAAACACUACCUCGACACCUUCCCAACCACCAUUUAUUGAUAUGACUACCAGAGAUGGCCGCUUCCCCCCUCCUUCACCAGAAUCAGAGGCUCCCGCCCCAGCACCGGCAGAGAUGGCACUUCCACAGCUACGACCACUACAGCGAAGAGUCAUACUUGCGAAAGUGUAUUUUGGUGACCUUACGAAAAAUACAAUGAAUGUGAGAGCCAACAUUAAUCUCUCAUUUCUUAGGUUGGAACCAGAUGGAAACCUGAAAGUUCAUAACUUCUAUACGUGGCCUAAUGGUUUUGCAUACUGGGAUGAUAGUUAUGCAUUUUUCGGAGAUACUGUGGAGCAAUGUGCAUUAGAAUCAAAAUGUGGUGUAUCUGGGUCUUGUAAUGUGGGGAUGUGUAGCGCUUGCCCUCCUAACGGUUCGGUAGGUUGUAUGGUCAAUACUUAA